AUGCCCCCCCUGAAAAGCCCACCUGAAUUCCAUGAACAAAGAAAACGUUUGGAUAGUGCCAAGCCUGAAGACACCCUGAAGCGCAAGGCAAGAAGCAGAUCCGACCGUGCAGCCGUGGUGAAAAUGCACAUACUCCAAGCUUCCACUGCAGAAAGAUCGGUUCCGACUGCCCAGAUGAAGCUGAAAAGAGCCCGUCUCGCAGAUGACCUCAACGAAAAGAUUGCUCUCCGGCCGGGGCCGCUGGAGCUGGUGGAGAAGAACAUACUCCCUGUGGACUCCGCUGUGAAGGAGGCCAUUAAAGGGAACCAGGUGACUUUCUCCAAGUCGGCGGAUGCGUUUGCCUUUGAGGAGGACAGCAGCAGCGAUGGGCUUUCUCCGGAUCAGACUCGAGGGGAAGACCUCCAGGGCUCAGCAGGAUCCCCCCCAGACACGAAAGCUACGGAGACCCCUUUGGCGGGUCCUCGCGGGACACAUAGAGACCUGAGAGGUGAUGCAGAAAAUGAGAGGAGUGAUUCAGCCCAACACCCCAGCAACCAGCCAGACCUGGGCAAGCAGGGGCUUGGCUCCCUGGGCACCCCCAUCCCUGUGCACACAGCCGUAAAGUCCAAGUCCUUGAGCGACAACAAGAACCGCCACAAAAAGCCCAAGGACCCCAAGCCAAAGGUGAAGAAGCUCAAAUACCACCAGUACAUCCCCCCGGACCAGAAGGCGGAGAAGUCCCCUCCGCCCAUGGACUCUGCCUACGCCCGGCUGCUCCAGCAGCAGCAGCUCUUCCUGCAGCUGCAGAUCCUCAGCCAGCAGCAGCAGCACCGCUUCAGCUACCCCGGGCUGCACGCAGCUCCGCUCAAGGAACCAAAUGAGCAGAUGGCCAGAAAUCCAAACGCUUCUUCAGCACCAUUGAGCAAUACCCCUUUGUCUCCUGCCAAAAACAGCUUUUCUGGACAAACUGGUGUCUCUUCUCUCAAGCCAGGCCCACUCCCAUCCAACCUGGAUGAUCUGAAGGUCUCUGAGUUAAGACAACAGCUUCGAAUACGAGGUUUGCCCGUGUCCGGUACCAAGACGGCCCUCAUGGACCGACUCCGGCCCUUCCAGGACUGCUCUGGGAACCCUGUGCCCAACUUCGGUGACAUCACGACUGUCACCUUUCCGGUGACGCCCAGCAACGCGCUGCCCAGUUACCAGUCCUCCCCCUCCACCGGCGCCCUGUCCAAUGGCUUCUACCACUUCGGCAGCACUAGCUCCAGCCCCCCGAUCUCACCCGCCUCAUCUGACCUGUCAGUGGCGGGGUCCCUGCCGGACACCUUCAACGACGCCUCCCCGUCCUUUGGCCUGCAUCCCUCCCCGGUCCCCGCGUGUGCCGAGGAAACCCUCAUGGGCAGUCUGAAUGGCAGCUCCAUGCUUCCGGAGCUGGACGGGCUGGACUCGGAGAAGGACAAGAUGCUGGUGGAGAAGCAGAAGGUGAUCAACGAGCUCACCUGGAAGCUGCAGCAAGAACAGAGGCAGGUGGAGGAGCUGAGGCUGCAGCUGCAGAAGCACAAGAGGAGCGGCUGUCCCGACAAGAAGCCGCCGCCCUUCCCGGCCGCCCCCAUCAAGCAGGAAGAUGCCGUGUCCAGCUGUCCUUUCUCAUCCCGGCAAACAGCCGUGAAAAGACAGAGCACCAGCUCGGAGGGCCAGCCGCCACUGCCUCGCGAAGACGCUCAGCUCCUGCCCCUGGGGAGCACUCACUGUGCAGAGCCCUCAGGUCAGACCAACGUACUGUCUUCCACAUUCCUCAGCCCGCAGUGCUCACCGCAGCAUUCUCCCCUCGGGGCUGUGAAAAGCCCACAGCACAUCAGUUUGCCCCCAUCGCCGAACAACCAUUACUUCCUUCCCCCAUCAUCAGGCGCCCAAGGAGAAGAACACAGGGUCUCCUCACCUGUCAGCAGCCAGGUGUGCACUGCACAGAACUCAGGGGCACACGAGGGCCACCCUCCCAGCUUCUCUCCCCAGCCUCCCAACCUUCACCCCCCCUUCUCUGGAGCUGCGGCAGACAGCAGUCAUGGUGCUGGGGGCAAACCUUCUCCCAAAAGCCCAGGUGUGCAGCAAAAGAUGGCGGGUCUGCACUCUUCUGAUAAGGCAGGGCCAAAGUUUCCAAUUCCAUCCCCAACUUUUUCCAAGUCCACUUCCGCAGUUUCAGAAAUAACCCAGCCACCAUCCUACGAAGAUGCGGUGAAGCAGCAAAUGACCCGGAGCCAGCAGAUGGACGAACUCCUGGAUGUCCUCAUUGAAAGUGGAGAAAUGCCCGCUGACGCCAGAGAGGAUCAUUCAUGUCUUCACAGAGUCCCAAAGAUCCCCGGGUCUUCUCGAAGCCCCACUGGUGCCCUCCCCAAGUCCUCGGCAGCCUUUGAACCAGCAUCCACAGGAGGCCAGCUCUCCUUUGAUCACUUCGGUGCUGACAGCGACGAGCACCUGGAAGUCUUAUUAAAUUCCCAGAGCCCCUUGGGGAAGGUGAGCGACACCGCCCUUCUGAAAAUCGGGAGUGAGGAGCCUCCUUUCGACGGGAUGAUGGAUGGAUUCUCAGGGAAGGCUGCAGAAGACCUCUUCAACGCACACGAGAUCCUGCCAGGCCCCCUGUCCCCCAUGCAGACUCAGUUUUCACCCUCCUCUGUGGACAGCAGUGGGCUGCCCUUAAGCUUCACAGAAUCUCCUUGGGAAAGCAUGGAGUGGCUGGACCUCACGCCGCCCAGCUCCACCCCAAGCUUCAGCUCCCUAUCUACUGGGGGCCCCAGCAUCUUCAACAUUGAUUUCCUGGAUGUCACGGAUCUCAAUCUGAAUUCCCCCAUGGACCUCCACUUACAGCAGUGGUAA